AGUUGUUGAAGAACGUGGAAGAUAUACUUUGUAGAGGACGCCCAUACAGUACUCGCUUCCAGUCUCUCUCUCUCUGUCUCCUGAACCUAACGGACUGUUUCUCUGUCUCUCGGACCGGACCACCACACCUGACAUGGACAACAUUGAGGUGUUUGACUCACCCGGAAAGGGGAGGGGCCUUAGAGCCACUAAGGAGCUGCUUUCCGGAGACGUUCUUUUCUCAGAACCCCCUUUUGCUGCAGUUGUGUUUGACAGUCUUGCAGACAAGAUCUGCCACAGCUGUUUCCGCAGACAGGACAAGCUGCAGCGCUGUGGCCAGUGUAAGUUCGCCCAGUACUGUGACAAGACAUGCCAGAGCGCUGGCUGGAAGGAACACAAGCUGGAGUGUGGAGCCAUCAAGGCUUUCGGGGCCAUCGGGGACAACUUCGGCAAGGCACCCAAUGAGAACAUCCGUUUGGCCGCCCGCAUCAUGUGGCGCCUCGAUAAAGAGGGCAGUGUCAUGUCAGACAUGCAGAUGACCUCAUUGGACGAUCUGGAGAACCACAUCAGUGACAUGCCUGAGGAUGAUCUGAAGGAGCUGAAGGUGGACAUCCACAACUUCUUGGACUACUGGCCACGCAACAGCAAGCAACACCGUGUAGACGACAUCUCGCACAUCUUUGGAGUGAUCAACUGUAAUGGCUUCACAGUGAGUGACCAGAGAGGUCUAAAUGCCGUGGGAGUGGGUCUGUUCCCUAACCUGUGUCUGGUCAACCAUGACUGCUGGCCUAACUGCACUGUCAUCCUCAACCAUGGCAAUCAGUCGGCUGUGAAUACUGUGUAUCACUCUCAGAUGAGGAUUGAGCUGCGUGCCCUGGGCAAGAUCGAGCCGGGUGAGGAGGUGACAGUGUCCUACGUGGAUUUCCUGAACGUGACUGAGGACAGACAGAGACAGCUGAAAAUGCAUUACUUCUUUGACUGUACCUGUGAACACUGUAAAGGUCACAUCAAAGACGACCUCAAGAUGGGAGGCAAGGAGGUGGACGGGGUCAAGGUACCAGAGGAGCAGGUGAAGGAGGUAACAGAGUACAGUCUGCAGAUGAUUCCAAGCCUAAAUCAACCCUCCCGCUCUCCUCCUCUCUCCUCCCAGGUUAUUAAGAUAUGCAGGGAGUGUAUGGAGAAACAGGAGCCAGUGUUGGCUGAUACACACAUCUACCAGCUAAGGAUGUGGAGCACAGCCAGCGAGGUGUCAGCCUACCUGCAGUUUAUUGACGAGGCCGCUGACUAUGCACGCAAAAUGGUGGACGGAUACAACAAGCUAUACCAUCCAUGCAACGCCCACCUGGGGAUGGCAACCAUGAGGGCAGGAGUGACCCACUGGCAGGCAGGGAAGAUAGAGGUGGGACACGGCAUGAUCUGUAAGGCCUAUGCCAUCCUGCAGAGAACACACGGACCCACACAUCCCAUCACCAAAGACCUUGAGGCUAUGCGUAUGCAGACAGAAAUGGAGUUGAGGAUGUUUAGAGAGAAUGAGUAUAUUUACAAAAGUAUGCGGGAGGCUGCCCUGAAGAACCAGCCAAUGAGCAUGAUGAACGAACCUAUGGCGGAGAGCGUCAAGAAUCUCUUCCGCCGGCAGAAGAAGUGAUCUCACACACACACACACCACACACACAGACACACAGACACACA